AUGGCACUCUCGUGGACAAGUUCAUCGCCAUAGCCCCAUCCUAGCUUAGUAAAGCUCAGCUUGACGGAGUCACUAGCACUAAAGACGAUGGAUCGACCAAGACCGGGCUAUUUCGUGCCCAGAUCCGCUCCCGUACUCACACCUCGCGCCAUUUUCUGCCAACAUACCGACAGCCGAUACUAUGCUCUUUCGCAAGGCGGACCAUUCGGAUAUGGGUCAGCGCGAAGUACAGUACAUAAGAAACAAUAUCGAGCUGUCCCGAGUCGACCUUCAACCCUGAUGAGCUUCAGGUGGCCGACAAGAUGAACCUUACCACCAACUUCAAUGAAAGCCUACUGGCGGCUCCCACGAUUUCGGCCGCUCUGCCCCUGAUCAUUGCUGACAAAGGCACAUUUCCUAUCGCUUUGACGAGUCUGGUGACAGCCCUGGUGGCCUUGCUGACUUACUACCUUCGACCGCCCGGCGUGCACCCCAAAUCUCCAGCUUUCACGUCUGACACAUCCCCUAUAAUUGGCUCCUUUGGCUACAUCUCUCGCCAAUUGACUUGGUACAAGAAAUCUGUCAAGGAGUCCACCUCCGGCCAUUUCAGCUUCCGCUUGGGCAGACGCCAUGUCAUCGGACUUUCAGGCGUAGCCGCACGCAAAUGGUUCUUCGAAGAACCGCUUUUGGAUCUUGUCAGCGGUGCUGUCAUUCUGCCUUUCGGAGUACACUUUUGGCCACCCAUCCACGACAUCUUCAAGCCAGAUGGCAACCGUGCCCGCAACAAUACUUUCUUUCUGCGCCGUAUGUUGGAGAUGAUGAAGACAGACAAAUUGGAGAAGCAACUUUUCCGAUGUAUUGGAGACGCUCGCGAGUGCUUUGAGACUAUUCUGGCCGACUCGCCCACCGGUGUCAUCAAUCUUCCAGAACUUUGGAAACCAAUCCUGCGCCAGAAUUGUCGCCUAUUUGUCAGCUCAGACAUUGCAGAUGAUCCCAAACAGUUCAAGAAAGUCUCCGAUUGUGUCGAUACUCUUUUACACACAUACAGCGUCUUCAAUGUCUUCUUCAAAUGGCUUCCAUCCCCAGCUUACUGGCGACGACGACUCGCGCGCUACGGCCUUGUACGCUUCUUUCGACAAAUGUACAACCAGCGCCUGUCUAUGACACCAGAGGAGGCCUCCCGCAAGAACGACCCCUUCCAGAGCCUGAUCAACAAUGGCGACUCAGAACCUUACAUCAACGAGUUUUUCACCAGUGCCGCUUUCAUCACUACGACCAAUGCUCACGUCAUCUCAUCUCAAAUGCUGGAGAACAUGGCAAUCCACCAAGAAUGGCAGCAAAAAUGCUUCGAGGAACUACAGACAGUCGCCAACAAAUAUGCUGGAGGCAUGGACGUCGCUCUAGUGGACAAGAUUCCUCACAUUCCGCUCAAGGCUUGGGAGACUUCUUUCCCGACUAUGCAUAUGUGUCUCAACGAGCUUAUCCGCAGCUGGUCCUCAUUUGGAGUCAUGCGCUACAACACAUCGCCCAAUGCGAUACCCAUUCCUGGCUCAGAUGAAGUCUUGCCUGGUCACACAUUUGCUAUCUACCACACUGGCGAGCCGCAGUUCAGCGCCAAGCUAUAUCCUGAACCUUCCAAAUUCGACCCAACUCGCUUCCUGGAAGGCCGUGAAGAAUUCAAGCAGGAACCUUAUGGAUUCUUCGGCUGGGGAGGCGGCACUCACCCUUGCACCGGCAUGCGAUGGGCCAAACUUCAGCAAUACAUAAUGCUUGCCAAUGCACUGGCAUUGUGGAAGUUGUCCAGCUGUGACAAAGAUGGAAAUUUGGAUCCUUAUGCCAAAGAGAGGCAAAGAGGCUUGGACGUUGAUCUCGAUUCUGAGACGCCUUUCAAGCUUCCUCCGGCACUUUGCAGAUUCGAGCCGAGAGAGCAGGUUCAGUAGAGGCAGCGCCCGCAGUGAUGAAUUAUUCGAG